GAGGGGCGAGUGGUUCGCUCGGUGGGAGAAACAGGAGACCCGGGCAGUGCAAGCCGGGCAGCCUGCCCGACGAUAUCGUCGCUCUCGAUAUCGCGGUGAUUCUACUUUUUUUUCCCCCUUUCCCCCAUCCUCCGCCAAGAGCCGGACUUGUUACGCCGCGAGUUUUCCUUUUCGCGUUCUAAUAACGCGGGCAUGCGCACCGUCUCUUUUUCCAGCCACCGAGAAACGCGUAUAUACAAGGCACAUCUUGUACCUUGGAAUUGAUAUACACACUUGUAUAUAGAGACACGUAUAUACAUAUAUAUAUAUGUAUAUAUAUAUAUUUAUAUACAUGUACGUUAUACAGUGUACAUACGCGUAGCAGGUACGAAGUAGGAUACGGAGUAGGACGAACGUGUGUUUCCGCGCGCACCGAUAAGGAGACAGUCGAGAGACAGAGAGCAAAAGACACGCACGUUAGAUCGCUAGUUACUCGGCCACGUACACGUUCGUGGAAUAUAACACGGAAGCACGUGUAUCCAUCUGGAGGGGCAGCUGAAAGAACGCACGCACUUCCCCGCUUCGGAAGUUUCCGCAGCUUUCAAGUAACAGAUAACUUGAGAAGGGAAACGUAAGCGCGAUGAUACGCUCCGGCGUGAAGGGAAUCCAGGUUGACGGGAAUGCGUUUCUGGGAAAAGGGUGAGCCGAGCGGCUCCACGUUCUACCCUUCAUUUUUGUUGGAACGGCCUUGUUUUCGGCGCGUCGCCAAUUUAUCGUGAAACACAGAGGCGAGGAGACCACGGGAGCGGACAAGAAAUCGGGCCAACAACUUUAUAUGCCGGUAACCGGAGCCGGAAACCAGAACGCAGAAGGAAGGCGCAACAGGGAGCUAAGAGCACUUCCGUUACUCCCAACCGAGGUCAGGUUACCGCACUUUUGCCAGGAUGUUGCCUGCCAACGUGGUAUCCUUCGUCAAAAAGAUGGUGACGACGCAGCCAGAUUCGGGAACAACCGGAUCGGUUACGCCGGACGAAGGCGGCACCACGUUCAGCAAAUGGAGGCAAUUGGGAAGCGGCGUGAUACGGGACGUGACGAAAUUCGGUCCCGCCAAAGUGACGCCGGUCGAGGAGACUCAACCUAAAGAAGAAACGACCACGGAAUCAACGAAAACCAAGUCGAAAACCGGGGACGAUUGCAGAGUGUGCCGGAAGUCGUUCGCCCCCGAAGAAGCCUCGAGGAUCUGCUGCGAGUGUCAACACAAAGUUUGCGAGGACUGUGCUUGCUACUCGACCACAACGAAUUCCGACGAUCCGUCGUCUUGGAGGUGCAGCGUGUGCCGGCGGAAGCUCGCGUCCCGGGACCAACCGAUCGUGACGCAGGAAUCGACCGAUUCGUUGCUCGAGGUUCCGGUCCUCGAGGCUCUCCAAAGGAGGCACAGCGACGCAAGGCUCGGCUGCCAGAGCGGAAGCCAAAUCGGCGGCCUCGGCUCCGGAUUGGCGCCCCCGAGAAGCCCCGAACUCAGAAGGCACUCGGACGUGUCGCCGGCCAGUUUGAAGGAGCUCGAGAAGUUUCGAAAGGUUGCAGGGGAACGCCGCGAGGAGCUGAGAUGGGAGCUGGAUAGGAGCAUCAGGUCCAGGGCGACCUCGCCGGAUCGUCACCAGGUCGAUAAGGGAAGGGCCACCAGCCCCCAGAGAGUUUCCGUCGUCCCCUCCUCCGUCGCUGGAGAGCCACCGGAUGUACCGUUGGACGGGGACGAGGAGGACGAGCGUCGGAGGCACGUGAGGCGGGGCGGGACGGUUCGCAAGUCUCGCAUGACGAGGCAAAGAUCGUACGACGACGAAAUGAAGAACGUGGCGGCAAUGUCGGGAGGUGGAGCGCAGCACGCGCAUCCGGAGCCGGGCCUGGGGCUUCCUGUGCAGCUGCCCAGGCGGGCAUCGGCCUACGACGUGUACGCGACGCCAGGAGCGGCCGGCCUCAACGCCAUGGCCAUCGCGGCUGCCCAGCAAAGAGCAUCGAUCUCCGCGCAGGGAGGCAGGAAACCUCCGGAAGAAAGGCCGGCCACCCGCAGAUUGUCGUUCCGAGUGGUGAAGCCGUACGAAGUCGGAGCCGAGGACGAAAGUAUGAUGAAUUUGGAGGCGUCCACCGUGCCGGUCGUUUCGCCAAAGGUCGUUCCUCCGCCUGUUUUGGGCCCCGACGAGGAACGCCGCACCAGACGAAGGGGCUCUCAACUGCCGGAUAUAAACGCCAUAAAGGGAUUGGCAUCCUCGGCCUCCUCGGCCGCGACGAAAGUCGCCCCUCCGUCGGCUGUGAACAGGGUCGCAGCCGAGGAUCGUGAAUUGGCGCGGCAAGGAAGCCUCGUCGACGGGGAAAGUAUCAAGAUCGUUAUCCAUCACGCGGACAAUGACAUGACGCCCUGGGUGAACGCGAAAAGGAGGAUAAAACUGAGAAGAGAUCCGAGUUUGGACAAAGGGCAUAGAACCGCUGGUUUCGGUCUAAGGGUGGUCGGUGGUAAAACAGGGACCGAUGGACGCACGUUUGCAUACGUGAUGUGGACCCUGCCGGAUGGACCAGCCGCAAAAGUUGGUAUACAACGAGGCGACAAGGUGUUAGAGUGGAAUGGAGUGUCUCUGGUGGAUCGAAGCUUCGAGGAAGUGGUUCAAAUAACGGAGCGGAACGACGAUGUGGUCGAUCUGGUGGUCGAGCACGUUGCCGACACCGGGGACCUGCCGGAGGAUUUAGCCGCGGUACCAUCUGGAAAAGUGCCGGGGAAUCUGGGACUGCUGAUGGAGGGGGAAACGGAUAAAACGCCUUCAUCACCGACGCGCAGGAAACUGCCAAAGACGCCGGAGCAGAUAGCGAAAGAGAAGCAGGUGACGGGCAGGAUACAGAUACAAGUCUCGUACGAGGCGGAUCGCAAGGAGCUGAUCGUCUCAGUUUUCAUGGCGGACGACUUGUGCGCAAGGGAGGACACCGGAUACGGCACGUUACCGGAGGCGUAUGCCAAAUUGGCCCUGGUUCCGAUCGGCGCCGAUCAAAUUACAUUGAAAACGGUGGUCGCGGAGCCAAGUCAAAAGCCAAUUUGGAAUGCAACGUUGCUUUUCUCCGGGGUUGACGGGGAGAGCUUAAUGAAGCGGGCAAUCGAGGUGACCCUGUGGGAUUUCUGCCCCGACGGCGAUAACGUUUUUCUCGGCGAGUGCACCGUCGAUUUGGAACGGGCCCUCGAAAACGACAGGGCAGUUUGGUAUCGACUGGAGGACCCCCGUGGGCUUCGCGCGAGCAAAUCGCCCUACUGUUCCCCCCGAGGCUCGCUCUCCAUGGAAAUUGCCCAAAGGUUACUGCGAAAGACGGAGCUGCGCGAAAGAAGUUACAGCGACGACACGCAAAGCGACAGCGGAAGUCCGGAGCUCUGUUUUCUCCACCCGGAUCACGCUUGGCACGCGAAUUCGAGAAGAGGCUCCAGCCAAUCCGAGCAGCUAGAAGUCGAACCGUACGAGCUUAACAGGGAUUACAGUAGAUCCUUGCCGGGCAGCCGAAGGAGCAGUUUCCAGAGCCAAGGUGGCACGGACAGUAAACGCGGAAGUAUGGGGGAGACGGAGAUGCCGACGAUACACUUCAACCGUGAUCGGCGACGGAGCUCGUUCACCAGGCCGAUGAGGGACCCGGAGGAGAUUCUCGAGGGUCUACGAUCGUUGAAAGCGGCCAAGAGGGAGCUUGGCAGGACGAUGAGUCUCUCGGGAGACAAAAGGCGCGAGAGCCGGCGGGGUGAGCGCAAAGACAGCGUCAUGAAUAUUCCGGAGAGGUUUUACGAUCGCAACAGUGAAUCGGACGAGGAAGAAAAGUGGAGUCAGCCAACGAGAAAUGAAAAUGGCGUUAACGCGAAGCUGGGUCGCGGACAGGUGCCACCAAAGGGAUUCAAGAUAACAGCUGGAGGUCAAAGCGGCGAGGUGAAACUGGGUCUCUGCCUGAGCAAAGGAACGCUUGAAGUCGAAGUUAUAUGCGCUCGAGACAUUUGUCCCGGUGAAAAAGAAGAGCCAGACACAUACGUGAAAACGUAUCUCCGAGACGGCGACAGAUGGCUGCAGAAGCGGAAAACGCGGGUGGUGCGCCACUCGAGGAACCCGCAAUAUCGUCAGACCAUCAAGUACAGCAGCUGCGACGCGCUUGGGAGGAAUCUACUGGUGAUGCUGUGGGAGAAGAAGCAGGCGUUCGAAAGCAACCAAGGUUUAGGCGGGGCCGAGGUGAGCCUCGACCUUCUUCCACUGGCACAGCUGACCGUCGAUUGGUAUCCCCUGUUCCCGAUUCACACCCUCGGCACCCAUACCGCGGACUCCCCAUGAUGGCUGAGGGAAAAAUGGGCCCUCGAGGCGGGGGAACUCGAUCUAAGGCUGAGCCUCCUUCUCAAAGACGAGAACGAGUCUGUCGUGAAAAUUAUCUCCUGAUCGAGUCAAUCCUCUCCGCUUUCGAUCUUUCCACCCUUCCGUUUCCCCCUUCCUUCCUCCCUCCAUUUCCGUUGUCGUUCCACGAAAUAUAUUCUCCUCUUUCUCCUCGCCAAUUUUAUCUUAGAAUCGAUCGAUCGAAGAUGCAAUCCAUGAAAGUAUAAUUUGACGAUCUAAUUCGGAUUCCACGAAACGAUAAAUAUUUUCUGUUUACUUACGAAUCUCACGAGAUCCAAAUUCGACUUCGAUGGAUGAUGAUUCGUCAUUCAUCAGUAGAGUCGAAAUUUUUCCCCUCCCCCGAUUUUAACCCGCAACUUUUUUAGCGCGGUUGAUUUUUAAACGAGUCUUCUAUACGUGGAAAAGAAAAAAAAAAAAUCGAGGAGCAAAUCGAUAUCCAAUAUCGAACUCUCCAGAGACCAGCAAUUUUUCACCUUCCCUGAAUUCGUUCCCGAAUAUCCUCCAAGGUUCUAGCAAUAAGAGCGUACCUGCGUGCACAGAUCUAUCUUCGAAGAAGAAGAAUCUAUUCGAAGCGAGCAAGAAAUUACGAAAGAGUGAGAAAAGAGAAAGAGAGAUUUUAUUUUUUCCAUGAAUUAUUAAAAGCAUGGAGGCAAAAGAGGGAGGGAGAGGAACGAAGAUGCCACGUCUUGAACAGACGACGAGGGUCCAUUUUUCUCAUUAAUUAAGGAACGACAGUGUCGAACGAGAGACGAUCGACAUCUGUCACGGAAAACGCGCGUGCUCUGCUGGUUGAUCCAGACUUGCGAUUCGAUCGGGUCUCGUGGAUAACGUGCGAACCGAUUUGCAUACGGUGAAAUAAAAAAAAAAUAUAAUAUACACGCGCGCGUGUUUCCAUCACGCGAACAUGCGAACACGCGGUUAGCUACCUUUUUUUUUUUUCUUCUUCUCGUCGAGGAACCGUCUCGAUACGUCCAUCCUCCCCUCGAAAUAAUAAUUGACGAUUACGUGAUUCGCGAAAGGAAGGAAGAAAAAAAAAAGAAAGAAAGAAGAGGGAGAAGAGGAGAUCGAGACGAUUGCUCGAACGAAUCGGACGAAUUAUUCAACGGUUCAGACAAUCGUUUUAAUCGGCUCGCUGGUCGAGCCGAGCACGAAGAGAGCGAUCGGUAAAUGGAAUUACCGGGACAAAAAAACUUUACGGGCGACAUGAAUGGCAGUUCAGCAAAAGAGAAAGAGAGAGGGGAAAAAAAGGAAAAAAAAGAAAAAAACGAAAAAAGAGAGAAAACAAAAAAAAGAAAAAAAACAUAACAUAAACAACUUUGGUGUUUAGAAGUACACGCAAUUUUUGUAGCUCGUAGACUGACAACAAACAAGAGAUUCCUUUACACUCGCAAAUUUAAAUCAAUCGUAAUCAACAAUCGUAUCCGGAACGAAGGAGAAGAAAAACGAUCGGGAGGGCCGUUCGAGAAAAAAAAAAAAAAUUUUCGUCACUUUCCAGUUCGUGCUCCAUCCCAGAGGAAUGUGGACGUACGUCGAUAUCCCGUAAAAUUAUCCAAUUACAGACUCGUGGAAAAUUUGAGAUUCGAUUGAUAUCGAUCGAUAAUACGGAUAGCGGCCCUCCUCGACGUUAAACGACGCUCGAACGUUUCGUUCUUUCGCUCGUGCAAUCGCGAACAAUCGCGUAUUGAUUGAAAACAAUUCGUGAUACGAUUCGUGAUCUCAAGGCUGAAAUCUCUAGAGAGAUGUCUACGUCGUUUGGAGGGGAAAAAUUGGAAAAGGCGAAAGGAUCGAAACGCGAGGCGACAAAGUAUGGACGAGAAAAUUCGUCCAAAAGUAUUGCGCUUACCCCGCCCGAGUUAGAGCAGAACAGAAAAAUUAUACUUAUAUAUAUAUAAAUAUAAAUAUAUACAUAUAUAUAUACACACAUAUACAUACAUAUAUCAAAUAUAAACGAUUCGAUACAUACGUAUGGGAAAAAAAAAAAUGACGCGCGUGACGAAAGCAUUAUAAAGUUGCGUUCGCGGUACGAGAUAAUCUUUACGAGAUAAUUCUAGCACGAAGUAAUCAAACCUAAAAAAAAAAAAAAAAAAAAAGAAGAAAAAAAAACGUGUAUCGAUGGUUAAUAAUAGAAAUCGACGAUUUCGCUUCGACCAAGCCCCGAAAACAAACGGAUCUAACCUUUAUCGUUGAAAACGAUACGUUUAAUAAUAAUAAUAAUAAAAAGAUCGAAUCUCGAAAAUUAUUACAUUCCGUUUUCAAAGAAACGAUUUAACUUUUCGAACGUUUCUUUGAAACUUUACGUUUUUUUUAUCGCGCUGUCCGAACUUUAGAGAUAAGAUAUUUAUCGUUUUAUAUUAUUUUUCCUGGGAAAAUAUUUUCGAAUUAUUCCGGAGUUUUUUUUUUUUUUUUAAUUCGUUCGAGUAAAACUUUCAACGCAGCAAUAAAGAGAAAAGUAAGACGGACCAUUCGACAAACAUUGCGCGCGAUAAAGGUUAGAGGAAUCCGUUUACCAGAUUACCAAGAAGGUGUCAUUAUUGUCUUGGACGAUGACCUUCUCCCAGCGAUAAAUAGAGAAUCGUAUCGUACGAAGAGGGAAAAGCAAAACGGAUCAUCUGUUGGUCCAACUUGGCUAUCCGAUUUCUAUCGAUCGCUUCCGAAAUUCUUCGAUUCUUUCCCAUCUCGAAAAAUCUAUCUCGAAAACACUACCGUUUUAACCAACCGAUUUUCGUCUCGAGAACUCGACUUGUAACGUCUUUCAACGACUUGAUCGUCGUUUCUUUUGCAAAAAAAAAAAAAAAAAAAAAGGAAAAAAAAAAAGAACGUAAGCGAGGCAACGAACGAACGAAUUCGAAGAAGAAAGGGAAAGACACGAGCAGAUUGUAAGACGACGAAAAAAAUAAUCUGAUCGGCCUACAAACAUAUCCUAAACCUGUUUCUUUAAGGGUGCAUCAGGCACGAGGACACUUUCGACGAUACUCUUGUCUCCUCGAACAUGUCCUCGUCCGAUGUUUCAAUCGCACGGACAAUCCUUGUUGUGAACGAAUGCAAUCAUCUGUAAACCUGUAGACGAAAGGUUUCCUUCCUUUCUAAAAACGGCUAAGCACACACACACACACACACGCGCGUUUUCUACUGUUAUCUCGACGCGAAUCUCUCGCGUCAAUUACCGACCGCCGGUAAUCGUAUCGGUUAUCGCGUUGUCACGCUCUUUUCUUUAUUAUUAUUUCUUUUUCUUCGUGGCAACGCUUGCGCUCGUCGGUAGUCGUAAUACGAAUCUCUUCUCGAGGAGAGAUGAAAAAUUCGAAAAAUUUUGGGAAAAAUUUGGGAAGGGAAACACGAUAUAUAAAUAUCUUUUUUUUAAUCCUCUGAAAGCUUCGAAACUCUCGUAGGAAUUAUGGACAGAGGCUACGCGGAACGACCUCGUUCCAUUCCGUCUCGUUUCAUUUCGUUUCUUUCUAAACCCAGCUAUUCUCUCGUCGAGGAACUCGCGAUAAUUAUUUCAACCUCUCGAAAACGACGAAACCGAGAAUUGUAAACGGGGAGGAGAAGGGAACCGCUUCUCUCUCUCUCUCUCCGUCGUACACCGUCGUCACUUUUUUCUACGAGAAAAACAAAAACAAGAGUUCAGCCUUCCGAUGUCGAGUACGAAUCGAGUCUGCCUAACUUUGUGACUAUACUAUAAUCGCCUACAUGCAUAAAUACUAUAUAUAUACACUCACAUAUAACAUAGGUAUUUGAAUAUAAAAUAAAUCUAUAUAUAUAUAUAUAUAUAUAUAUACAUAUUAUAUAUAUACAUACAUAUGAGGAUAAGAAUGCAUAUAUAUAUAUAUCGUAUGCCGUAUCGAAAUUGACAAUCGAGAUCAUUGAUCCAACUGUGUGCGCGUACUACGAGUACUACUUUCAGCGGAUAUCCCCCGUAAUUGUAAAUUAUGAUGACGGUCACGUGUAAAGUAAUCGCGGAGGCGUGUAUAUUCAAUGCGCGUCAUCGAUGUAAUUGUAAAUGUAUGACCCACGUGCGUCACACGCGGGACGAUCGAUCCCUCGCGGGAUAUAACACGGGGGAGCAAUCUCGAGACGGUGUUUGUUUGAAAUUAAAUUUUCGCGCCCCGAGCGGGGAUCGAGCGUCCCGUUGUUAGGGUGGGGGGACGGAUUUAAAAAAGGUUUAAAAAAGAAAAGGAAAAAAAAAUUAGGGAUUACAUCCAAGCAACAACCUCUUCCCGUACAUAUCGGUGUUGUAUGUACUCGUUCUAACUCGUUCUUAAGUGUCGAAAAAGACAAUCUCGCGGUCGCAUGCGGUCUAUGGCGGAUCCGGGCCGCUGCACACUUGUGUGAAAGAUUAAAAAAGAAAAAAAGAAAAAAAAAAAGAUCAAGAAAUUCGUGACGCGACUGAUCACUGUGAUCGAUUAUAUAAAGAGAAUUAAAAAAAGAAAAAGAAAGAAAGAAAGAAAAAAAAAGAAUUCUAAUUUGCUUUCGAUUAGAAAUAUACACACGGCUGAAUUUAAUAGAUAGAUAUCCGGUUCAGAUAUAGUUAGAUAUCGCUGUGCAUUUCUAUUUACAGAAUAUUCUCCUCCUCUCCGAGUAUAACUUUAUAUACUACCGAUCUAUCUAAGAAUAUUUAACUCUAAUAAAUAAAUAGGCGACGUUUCUAGAUUCUUAAAAAACUUAAAACUUGUUAUUGUCAUAUAACAAUUUUAGCGAGUAUUGAUAAAAAAAAAAGAAUACGAGGUGUGUGCCACGAGGUACGAAUAAUCGUGAAUUUUCAAAUUCCUUUUCUAAUAACUUUAAAUCUUAGAGAAAAAACUGUUGUAGAUAGAAGACAGUGUGUUUCGAAUCGAAUGAUCAAUUCAACGCAAUUUCCGCUUCCGUUUCACUUCCUCGACGAACUUCGAACGAUAAUACUCGCACGUAAAUCCCCUUUGGCACUAGUUUCGUACAAACUUGUAUAAGUAAUAUGCUCAAUUACGGCCUAAAUCGUGGAAAGAAAAAGAAAAAGCAAAAAAAAAAAAAAAAAAAAAAGGCAAGCGAGCGUGAAAAAUAUUUUCGACGAGUGUGUUUGAUCGAUAACAUCGCCAUCUUCGUUACCCGCGAGUCUAAUGCUCGGUCUAAUGAAAAUCGGUCGAUCGCUUGUGUAAUCAAACGCUUUUAAAUGUCGAGCGAAUAAAAAAAAAUAUCUGAAAGCCGGCGUUUAACGGGUCGAAAACACUUGAUUGCCAAAGGAUGACAAUAAUCAUCCAAGACCUGGCGACGAUGCCGAGUCGUUGAGAUCUUACAUUCAUCUUGAGACGUACUCUCCUGCGCGUCUAAAAUAACGCAACUUCAAACGAUCGAAAGUUAAUAUUCCAUUCUUGCAUGGCUCUACGAUCCAUCGAUAAUAUACACGCCAUUUUUCGAAAAAUUAAAAAUUCCUAUUAUAUCGAACAGAUCUCCCAGAAAUGGAUAAUCGACAAAUUUGAAAAUCUUAUAGAUAAUAACUUUCGGAUAAAAACUAAACUUUUAAACUGUUAUCGUAAGCUAUGCGAGGAUUUCACACUUCUAUCACGCUCUCACGAAUAUUACCUCUUCGACUUUUCCUAAGAAGCAACGCUUUUCUAAGAUAUUUCUGAUAUAGUGAUCUAAUAAUUAAGAGGGGGGAAUUGGUCACGAGAUGACUUCGUGAAAAAACUAUAAAGAGAGAGAGAGAGUGUGCGUGUCUGUGUAUGAUGUAUGUGAGAGAGAUAGGGAGAGAAAGAAAAGGAAAGAGUGUUUCACUUCUACUUUCGCUUUUAUCUUCUCACGUGCUCAUCUUUCUACUACGAAGAUUCAUUAUUACUUGGAAAGUGUUCCAUUACGAUUGGAGGAUUACGAAGUUCGUAAUAGACACGCUGGGUGAGGCAUCUUAAAGAGGUAGUAGUUUAAGCGUAAAAUUAGAUGGUGUAUCUCGUUCUAUACAGAAAAAUUUCAUGUGAUGUCCUUACGUGUUAAGUGUUGAUUGUCGCGCACAAUGUGGAUUAGAAUCACGGUGUGCGGUAGAAACUUACGGGUUAAUCGAGAUAAAGAUAAAUCUUAGACUAAACACGAGAUCGAACCAUGUUCGAUAGUUUUAUUCUGUUGUGUGGCGAUAGUGUACGUGUGUAAGUCAAGUCGUAAAAUCGUAAUAGAAGCCCGUACGGAAGCGUCUUCACGUCGUGCGUUUAUAGGUUAUAUAUUUUUAUCCACGAACAAUCAUCCACAUUUGGAAACAAACGAUUUCUUCACUCUGCUUCUUUUUCUUUUCCUUUUUCCUCCUUAUUCCCCAUUUAUUUGUUUCGAUUUUCGAUGUGAAAACGCUUCUUUUUAGCGCUCUCAAAAGAUUAAUCUCGAAUCCUCAAACUUUAAAAUCGAUCCUCCCGCACGAAUACACACCCAGGCGACGAAAUCGCGAUCGCGAAAGGACGCGUUCGAAAAUGGGGAAACAUCGAGAUAUCUCUCUUCCUUGCAUUACACGCGCCAAUCUUUUUCUACCGUUUCGUAGAAAAUGGAUUUUUUCCGUUCCAACGACAUCCGAAUGACGAUAAAAGGAAAAAAAAAAAAAAAAAAUCAUCGUGCGUUCACGAUGAUGAUCAAACGUGUCGUGGAAAUUCUAUCGAUUCGAACAAUCUCGUCCUAAAUCGAAAAUGUUUGCCCCUUAUCGAUAUUCACGUGAUGUGGGAAUACGUUCUAGGACAGUGUGUUUCAACCUUUCACCUCAGCCCUAGAUCGUUCCUUGAUAGCGGAGGGAAGAAGUGAUAGAGGUUUGGUUCGCGAGUACAAAGUCCGUGAAAAAGUGUGCACGAGUAUGUGGUCGAGUCGAUAAUUCUAUCGAAUAUGUUGAAAUAGAUGAAAGUAUAUGAUAUAUUAUAAUUUUAUUAUGGGAACGAGAAACGAUAACGAUAUGGAAUUUUUCCGAUUCCUUCUGUUAAUCCAAGUUUUAAGCGUACGUAAUUUUAUCGAAUGUUGCGGAUGAGAAUAUAAUUGCAGAGUUUAUCGAGAAAAAUAGUGAUACAGAGAAAUUUAUAAAUGUUGUCGAAGUGAGCAAAUUAUAUGGUCAGAGUUUAACGCAAGAUACAGUAUAUUACACAUUAAAUCACCAAUACACAAUGAUUCCUCGUUGGAUUUACCCUGUUUAGAAACGAAAGAAAGAGAACACGAAUAAUAUGCGAAUAAAUCUAUUAUGAUUUCGUUGCGAAAGAAAUAAAUUGGUAAGAAAAAUAUUUUAAACGAAAAUCUACGAGCGAAAAAUAAUCAACGAUAUUGUAUGCGGUUGGAAAUCACUGUUCUAGGAAUAAGAAUGUAACGAAAUGAAAAGAAAAUAAAGAAAAAAAUUCAAAUAAUUUUUAAUUAGGCUCGACAGUAAACGAAUACGAUUCGAAAAAAAUGUACUUUGUGGAAAUUGUGUAAAAUGUCGUGUAAAACGUGUUUCAAUGAGAGUUGUUACGUCGCUGAUAAUUUAUUAUUGUGCGUAACACGAUGACUGAUUUUUUGUAGUAUGUAUGGGCGCAAUUAAAAAUGCGUCAUGCGAGUCUUUCGAAUUUUUCGCCCAUAUUCCUCCUCUCGAGGAAACUUUGUGGAUUUGUGUACCCCCAUCCGUAACCCCAGCUGGCCUAUUCCCUUAAUAAGAAAGAUGUAUAAACGGAUAUUGUACAAAUACAAAUAUGACAAAAACGAA